GUCUUCCUGCUCACCGAGUGGGAGUCCCUGAGCGAAUCGAACAGCCCGCCGCAUUGCUAUAUAAGCUAGGUGAAACCACGAUCUGCCACAACAGUAUCUCCAGCUAUCAUUCAACAUGAAGUUCUUCGUUUUCGUGGCCAUCGCUUUUGCUCUGCUGGCUUGCAUGGUGAAGGCUCAGCCCGUUUCCAAUGUGGAUUCGAUUCCGGAGGAUCAUCCUCUGGUGCAUGAGGAGGCCCACCAGGAGGUGGUGCAGCACAGCCGACAGAAAAGGGCCACCUGCGACCUACUCUCCAAGUGGAACUGGAACCACACCGCCUGCGCCGGCCACUGUAUUGCCAAGGGGUUCAAAGGCGGUUACUGCAACGACAAGGCCGUCUGUGUUUGCCGCAAUUGAAUUGGUUUCGCUCUAUGCACCACAGACUUUUGUCUUAUAAAAGUGUCACAAUAGAAACAGAACGAAUUUAUAAAUAUUUAAAAAAUGGAUGUGUUCUUGUUAAGGAAUUGGGAACAUAAUGGGUACAAAAAAAAGGACAGUAAGAAGUAUUUUAUGUAAUAUAUAUUAUAUAUUUUUUAAUGAUAACAGAUGAACAUUUAAUUCUCUAUUAAAUCGCGCUGCAGUGCACUAAUCCAAAUAAAAUAUUCUGUUCUUAUGAUUAUUAUAUUUAAAAUUUUUCAAAAUAUUUUAGUAGUUUUAGUUAACUAAAAUUAUUUGGAUAAGAUAUUUGUACCCGAUCCGGUGGGCUUUGGAAAAAAACUGUUCACGAGUUUUAAAUAUACUUUUUCUUCCAUACGACAAUCUUUUGUAUAUUAUUAUUUGUAAUUCAGUUGUUCUGCGUUCUCUCUUGAUUGAAUUUGCACACUCAAAGGCAAAAUAAUGAUUUCAUUUAAUGAUUAAAAUUCGGAAGUGCGGAUUGGAUUGAGGUUGCAACUCAGAGCUUUGAAUCUAGAACUUACAGUGACAUAUAACGACUUAAUUUGUCAGUGUCUAACUGUGCAAUAAACGGAAACAGCUUUCGCUUAUAUUUAUUCCGCAUAACUUUGAAAUAAGCAAUAAACAAUUUAUACAUCAAAAAUACUCAUUAUCAUAAGCCGGCAGCGUCUCAAUUUACUAUAAAAGACGACAGAAAGCUGAACGAACUAGAACAGUUCUCUACUUGAGAUCACACCAUGAAUAUCACGAUUAUUCUGGCUCUAACUCUAGCUGCGAUUUGCGUAAUGCAGGUUUAAUCUAUUCUGGAGGACCCCGCGAAUGGUCUUCUGCAAAAGGAGCUUGAGAGGAAUCUUAUCCAGGAUGCGGAGGAACACGUUCGCCAAAAGCGACAGUCCUGCAUUGAGCGGUGCAAUCCUUUCUGUUUAAAGAAGGGCUUUAAAGGUGUUUGUGUAAAAGGUUCGUGCCGAUGCGUUUGAUUAUGAUUUAAAGAGAUUUUAAUUAUGAGAUGUAUUUUAAU